CCGCCGCCAUGGAGCCCGUGCGCUCCUGGGGCCCCGCGCAGGUGGCCGCCUGGCUCCGAGGGCUGGACGCGGCGGUGCAGGGGUACCCCUUCGAGGCCUGGGGGCUCUCGGGGCCCGACCUGCUGGAGCUGGACCCGGGGGUCCUGGAGGCUCUGGGCGUGCGGCCCUUGGGACACCAGGAGCUGCUGCUGGAGGCUGUGGAGCAGCUCUGUAACCUGGACACAGGGCUGGCAAGCACCAGCCUGCGGACACUGACGGAGAGGCUGCAGGAGCUGGCACAGGGCAUCCAGAGCCUGGUGCAGGGGGGGCUGUCAGCAGGGGACACCCCCCAGCCACCUUCCCUCACCCUCCUGGCCCGAGUCAUCGACCUGGUCGGGGCUGCCAAGGAACUCUUCUCCUGGCUCAACAGGUACCUGUUCUCCACCCUCAACGACUUUUCAGCCAGCCGGGACAUCAUCCUGCUGUGUGCCCAGCUGGCAGAGACACUGCAGGCAGACCUUUCUGCAGCCGAGAGGAGCAGUGGGAUCCUGCAGAUUUGCCAGCACAUUGAGGGCAUCUGCAAGAGCAUCGUGGGCUGCAGCCCCCCGGCGCUGCUGGACCGCAGGGCUGUGCUGCAGCACGUGGGGCUGGCGCUGCUCCCUGGCCCACAGGGCAGCCCCCCGACAUCCCCCAGCACCCCAACACUGCCCCUCGGCCUGUGGCAGAGCCCCCCAACAUCCCCUGACACACCAACGCUGCCCCAGAGCCAAUGGAGCAGCCCCCCAGGAUCCCCUGAGACCCCAACACCACCCUCUGAUCUUCUGGGGAGCCCCCAGCCACUCCUCACUGCCCGACUGGGCUUUGAGAUCACCUCCACCAGUUCCUGCCUGCACUUCGUGUCUGCCACCACCCCAGAGGCCCUGGCUGCCCACGGGGGCCACAUCCUGCCCGGGGACGAGAUCGUGCAGGUCAACGAGCAGGUGGUGGUGGGUUGGACACCUGUCAACUUGGCGAGGAAGCUGCUGGAGAAGGGGAACAGGGUGAAUUUGGUGCUGAAGAAGAUCCCCCUCGAGCUGCCUGGCUCACCCCCCUCUCCCAGGCAGCAGGCCCCAGGAGCAUUUUUGGAUGCUGCAGAUUCCCCUGGCACCAGGAGUGGUGAGAGUCCAGGCAGCCCCGUGUCCUUGACCUCCAGCGUUGCGGCCGACUUGGACUCGGGACCAGAGUCUGUCCCGGAUCCCGUCACUGACGAGGAGCAGGAAGAGGACGAGCGGGAUCUGAGGCUGCCCGGGGCAGCUGUGGAGGAGCUGCCGGGCCCGUCUGGACAGGGUGCUGCAGAGGAGGUGUGGGACAGUGGCAGCGCCCUGGAUGCCCCCCUGGACACCCCUCUGGGCACCCCCCCGAGCACCCCUGCUGCCACUGAACCCCGUGCCACAGAGCUGAGCCCCGGGGCAGCCCCUGCCAAGGGGGCUGGGGGAGCAGAGCCCAGCCCUGAAGAGGGCAGCCCCAGCACGGGACGCAGAGCUAAAGGAGUGGCGACCCGGCUGAGCCGCCGGCGGGUCUCGUGCCGGGACCUGGGCCGGGUGGACUGCGACGGGUGGCUCCUCAAGAAGAAGGAGCACGUGGGCUUCAUGGCCCAGAAGUGGAAGCGGUGCUGGGUUGUGCUCAAGGGCCACACGGUCUACUGGUACAACCACCCCAACGAUGAGAGGGCUGCAGGACUCAUCAACGUGGCCACCUACAACCUGGAGAGCACCAGGGAGCAGAAGAAGAAAUACGUGUUCCAGCUGUGCCACCAGACGUACAAGCCCUUUGUGUUUGCUGCUGAAACCUUGGCUGACCUGAGCAUGUGGGUCAGUCGCCUGGUAGCAGCUAAGACAAAGCACACACUGGCCCACCAGGCAGUCCCAGACAAGGAGGAAGACUGCUACAGUGAGACAGAAGCUGAGGACCCCGAUGAUGAGUCCUCCCCCAGGCACGGAUCUGACUCGCCAAGGAAGAGGCUGCAGAACACCCCGGAGAAGGCACAGCUCUCCCCAGCCAGCAGCCCCCAGGGCAGUCCCCGGCCCUGCUCCCCCAUGGAGCCCGGCGGGGAGGAUCUGGAGAGCCUGGCGCGGUGCCUGCGGCAGGGCGGGGUGUCCCUGAUGGGGCAGCGGCGGGUCCUGACGCAGGAGCAGUGCCGAAAGUCCUUCCUGCGGCGCAACAGGAACCCGCACAUCAACGAGAGGGUGCACGCCGUGCGGGCCCUGCAGAGCACGCUCAAGGCGAAGCUGGCGGAGCUGCAGGCGUUGGAGCAGCUGCUGGGAGAGGCCGCGCUCACCUCGGACACCUUCAGGCGCUGGAAGGAGCAGCACCAGGAGCUGUACCAGGAGCUGCGGGAGGGCUGGGCAGGGCAGGAGGGCCAGGGCCAGGAGCAGGGCGGUGCUGGAGAGGCAGCUGAGCCCUGACAUCCGCCAGUCCUGCCGUGGGCCGGUGCCCGCAGGACUCGGAGCGCGGUGGGUGCUCUGUGCUGCUGGGCCUGAACACGUUCUGGAAGGCUCAGCCCCAGAGGGGCCAUCCUGCAGAGGAUGUGGCUCCUUAAUUGUAAGUGACAGUCUUAAUUCUUCCUGGCCUUGGCCGCAGCUCGGCAAGGAGGGGAUUUUCAGCGCCCGCUGUGGUGCUGCCAGCCAGCCCAGCCAUGGCUCUUCUGUAAAUAAACGUGUUGACAGGG